AAAGCAAAAGCCAUUGGAAACGGGUGAGCUCGAGCAGAACGGAUCUCUAUGGGAUCAGUGAAGAUGUUCCAGAUGAAGAUGCUGGAAUGGGCCAUAGUCCUACUGGCCCUGCAGUCUGCAUAUGCAGAACUGAAUCCGGAUCACCAAUCCACCAUCUGUAGCACAUGGGGAAAUUUUCACUUCAGGACCUUUGAUGGUCAUUUCUAUCAAAUGGCUGACACAUGUAACCACAUUCUGGCUGGGAUGUGUGACACGCAUGCCUCAGAUUUUAACAUCCAAAUGCAAAGAACGAUUGUGAAUGGCUCGGUUACUUUCACCUCAGUCAAAUUAGAGCUGGAGGGGACGUCCAUCAAAUUUAGUCAAGGCAAAAUCUUCAUGGACAACAAAGUGGUAUCUAUUCCCAUGAGUCAAAAUGGAAUUAAAAUCGAGGGAAGCUCUUCGAGUGUUAAGGUCUCCAAAUAUGGAGUGACUGUCAUUUGGGAGGAAGAAGAUCACUCUAUGGUGAUUGAACUUGCUGAGAUGUACCGAGGUCAGACAUGUGGACUCUGUGGAAACUUCAAUGGCAACACGAAUGAUGACGUGAUUUUAACAGAUCCAGAGACGUGGAAGGUGUCCAUAUCAGCUGAACCCUGUGAAAAAGUUCCACUUCCCCCCAGCGAUCAGUGUGAAAACCAGGUUGACAUUUGUAAGCAGUAUCUGGAGAGUUCAGGGUUUGAUGACUGUCGCCCUCUGAUGGACCUGAGUUCAUUUGAGAAAGUUUGUGCAGACGACCUGUGUCAAUGUCCUGGCAACCAAGACUGUGUCUGCAACACGCUUACAGAAAUAUCACGACAGUGCACACAUGCUGGUGGCAGGCCCGGAACGUGGAGAACAGACAAACUAUGUCCAAAGACAUGUCCACUAAACAUGGUAUACAUGGAGUGUGCUGGCCCAUGCAAAAACACCUGCUCCGCCCCAAAUGGAGCCCUGCUGUGUACAGAUCACUGUACAGAUGGCUGUUUCUGCCCUGAGGGCACUGUGGAAGACAACAUUGGUAACAGUGGUUGCGUUCCUACAAACAAAUGCCCAUGUAUACACGACGGCACAAUAUACCAGACUGGAGAGUCAUACGAGCAAGCGUGUAAAAAAUGCGAGUGUGCUGCUGGACGCUGGAGUUGCACGGAUCUGGAAUGUCCUGGAAUCUGCUCUGUUGUGGGAGGCUCUCACAUCACCACCUAUGAUGGAAAAACCUUCAGCUUUAAUGGCAACUGUGACUACAUCCUCACUAAGCACUCUAAUGACAGCAGUAUCGCUGUUGUUGGAAAUCUGAAGUGUGAGCCGAGCCGAACAGACACGUGUUUGAAUUCUGUUACUCUGAUCAUGUCAGGGACCAUAGUGACCACUGUAACUUUUUCAUCCAGUGGGACUGUCACGCUAAAUGGAAUCAGUCCAGAUAUGUUGCCACUAAUCACAGAGCAACUGGUCAUCUACCAGCCCUCAUCAUCCUUCAUUAUCGCUGAAACAAAGAAUUUUCGUGUAGAAAUCCAAAGGUCUCCAAUCAUGCAGGUGUAUAUUGUAGCCAGCACCUCAGAGAAAGGCAAAUUGAGUGGUCUGUGUGGGAACUAUAACGGUGUCCAGAAAGAUGACUUUAAAACAAAUUCAGGCGUUACAGAGGGAACACCAACAUCCUUUGUCAACUUUUGGAAAAAAAACCCAUACAGUUGUCGAGAUGUUAAAAACACAUUUGACAACCCCUGCAGUCUGAGAGUGGAAACAGAAAGACUUGCAAAAGACUGGUGUUCCCGUCUGACGGAUCCAAAUGGAAUCUUCUCCUCGUGUCAUUCAGAAAUAACUCCUGACAUUUACUAUCAAAACUGCGUUUAUGACACCUGUAAGUGUGCUGAUAUUGGGAAGUGUAUGUGUGCUGCCCUCUCCGCCUAUGCCCAUGCAUGUGCCGCAAGAGGGAUCAUUCUCCACGGAUGGAUGGAUUCAUACCCCUGUGACAAAGUGUCCGAGUGUUCAGAAAAUAUGAAGUACUCCUACAAUGUGACCGGUUGUAGCAAAACCUGUCGUUCUAACUUUAAGACCGACUACAUCUGCAAAAUGUCUACACCUGUGGAAGGCUGUGUUUGUUCUGAAGGGACUUACCUAAACGAUGCAGGCGACUGUGUGAAUGCUGACCAGUGUCCUUGUUACUAUAACAACCUGCUCAUAGAGCCAUCAGGAUCAAUAAACAUUGAUGGUGCCAACUGCACCUGCACCCUCGGCAAAUUAAACUGCGACCGUCCAGAAGAUUGUGUGGCUCCAAUGGUCUACGUCAAAUGUUUGAUUAAUGAACAGGGAAAAACAGGGGCAGAGUGUCAAAUGACAUGCCAGAACCAAGAUCCAAAUAACUGCGUCAGCACAGGUUGUGUAUCAGGUUGUAUGUGCCCAGAUAACCUGCUAGCCGAUGGCCAAGGUGGCUGUAUAGAGAAGGAAAACUGUCCCUGUUUUCACGAUGGAUUAACUUAUUUACCUGGGGAUGAGAUUCAAGACGAAUGCAACACCUGCAAAUGCACAAAAGGGAUGUGGAGUUGUACUGAUAAAAAUUGUUACGGCACCUGUACCAUCUAUGGUGAAGGACAUUAUAAGACUUUCGAUGGAAGAAAAUAUUUUUACCACGGAGCCUGUGAAUACAUCUUAGCACAAGAUUACUGCAACAUGGGGGAGAGUCAAUACUCAUUACGUAUUGUUACAGAAAACAUUCCCUGUGGCUCCACCGACUCCAUUUGCUCCAAAUCUAUCAAUCUUUUCUUUGGGAGAAACAAAGUGGUUUUAUCUGAAGCGGAUGGAGUAAAGGUUAUUGAAACCAAUGGAACCGACUUCCAAUAUCAAAUCAAUUCUGUGGGGAUUUACAAAGUCAUUGAGAUCAAAAAGCUUUUAAACUUAAUUUAUGACGGCAAAACAACCCUGACGCUCCAACUCCAUCCCAGCUUAAAGGGCAAAGUGUGUGGACUGUGUGGAGACUUUGACGGUAAUGCAAACAACGACUUUGUAAAGCACGAUGGAGAAGAAGUCACUGAUGCGGUGGUGUUUGGGAAUAGCUGGAAAGUGAAACCAAGCUGCCCAGAAGUGGACAGUUUGAAAGACCCUUGUGAGAAAAACCCUCACCGGAGUGUCUGGGCUAUCAAACAAUGCAGCAUCAUUACAAGCAAUGUCUUUCAAGACUGCCAUGCACAUGUGGACUCUGCCCCAUACUAUGACGCCUGUGUGAGGGACACCUGUGCAUGUGAUUCUGGUGGAGACUGUGAUUGUUUCUGUACAGCAGUGGCUGCUUAUGCGGCUGAAUGCCGAAAGAAAGAGGCUUGCAUUGCAUGGCGGACUCCACAUAUUUGUCCUUUAUUCUGUGACUACUAUAAUGGCCCAGUGGGAGACUGUGAGUGGCACUACAGAGCCUGUGGUUCAGCCUGCAUGAAAACAUGCAAAAACCCAGAAGGGACCUGUUCCAAUCAAAUUCCUCUACUAGAAGGGUGUUUUCCUCAGUGCCCUUCUGACAGGCCAUUUUUAAAGGAAGAAACCCAAAAAUGUGUCACAGAGAUAGAGUGUGCUCCUACGUGUGUAUAUGAUGGGAAGGAGUUCAUGAUUGGAGAAGAAGUGUACCACACCACAGAUGGAAAUGGCUUGUGUUUCAAAGCUGUGUGUGGAUCAAAUGCAACAAUAAUUAGAUAUAUGGAAACUUGUGUCACAACAGCUACACCAUUUACUUUCCAAAGUACAAAAACAUCAACAACACCAACAACCAUACAACCAUCGACAACAACACAACCAACAACAGCUACUAAAACCACUAGUUUCUCCGCAACAACAGGAACACCAACAACACAACCAACAACAGCUAAACAAACCACUGGUGCUUCAACAACUGCAGGACCUUCAACAGGAACAGCAGAAUCAACAACACAAGCAUCAACAACUUCUCAUACCACUGGUUUGUCCACAACUACAGGACCACCAACAACACAACAAACAACAGCUACACAAACCACUGCUGCUUCCACAACUGCAGGACCAUCAACGGAAACAGCACAAUCAACAACACAAGUAUCAACAACUUCUCAUACAACUGGUUUGUCCAAAACUACAGCACCACCAACAACACAACCAACAAAAGCUACACAAACCACUGGUGCGUCCACAACUGCAGGACCAUCUACGGGAACAGCACAAUCAACAACACAAGUAUCAACAACUUCUCACACCACUGGUUUUUCCACAACUACAGGACCACCAACAACACAACCAACAACAGCUACACAAACCACUGGUGCUUCCACAACUGAAGGACCAUCAACAGAAAAAGCACAAUCAACAACACAAGUAUCAACAACUUCUCACACCACUGGUUUUUCCACAACUACAGGACCACCAACAACACAACCAACAUCAGCUACACAAAUCACUGGUGCUUCCACAACUGCAGAACCAUCAACGGAAACAGCACAAUCAACAACACAAGUAUCAACAACUUCUCAUACAACUGGUUUGUCCACAACUACAGCACCACCAACAACACAACCAACAACAGCUACACAAACCACUGGUGCUUCCACAACUGCAGGACCAUCAACAGAAACAGCACAAUCAACAACACAGGUAUCAACAACUUCUCAUACAACUGGUUUGUCCACAACUACAGGACCACCAACAACACAACAAACAACAGCGACACAAACCACUGGUGCUUCCACAACUGCAGGACCAUCAACAGAAACAGCACAAUCAACAACACAAGCAUCAACAACUUCUCAUACCACUGGUUUGUCCACAACUACAGGACCACCAAAAACACAACAAACAACAGCUACACAAACCACUGGUGCUUCCACAACUGCAGGACCAUCAACGGAAACAGCAGAAUCAACAACACAAGUAUCAACAACUUCUCAUACAACUGGUUUGUCCACAACUACAGCACCACCAACAACACAACCAACAACAGUUACACAAACCACUGGUGCGUCCACAACUGCAGGACCAUCAACAGAAACAGCACAAUCAACAACACAAGCAUCAACAACUUCUCAUACCACUGGUUUGUCCACAACUACAGGACCACCAAAAACACAACAAACAACAGCUACACAAACCACUGGUGCUUCCACAACUGCAGGACCAUCAACGGAAACAGCAGAAUCAACAACACAAGUAUCAACAACUUCUCAUACAACUGGUUUGUCCACAACUACAGGACCACCAACAACACAACCAACAAAAGCUACACAAACCACUAGUGCUUCCACAACUUCAGGACCAUCAACGGGAACAGCACAAUCAACAACACAAGUAUCAACAACUUCUCACACCACUGUUUUUUCCACAACAACAGGACCACCAACAACACAACCAACAACAGCUACACAAACCACUGGUGCUUCCACAACUGCAGGACCAUCAACGGGAACAGCACAAUCAACAACUCAAGUAUCAACAACUUCUCACACCACUGGUUUUUCCACAACAACAGGAACACCAACAACAGAACCAACAACAGCUACACAAACCACUGGUGCGUCCACAACUGCAGGACCAUCAACGGGAACAGCACAAUCAACAACACAAAUAUCAACAACUUCUCAUACCACUGGUUUGUCCACAACAACAGUAGCACCAACAACACAACCAACAACAGCUACUCAAACCACUGGUGCAUCCACAACUGCAGGACCAUCCACAGGAACAGCACAAUCAACAACACAAGUAUCAACAAAUUCUCAUACCACUGGUUCGUCCACAACAACAGGACCACCAACAACACAACCAACAACAGUUACACAAACCACUGGUGUUUCCACAACUGCAGGACCAUCAACGGGAACAGCACAAUCAACAACAGAAGUAUCAACAACUUCUCAUACCACUGGUUCGUCCACAACAACAGGACCACCAACAACACAAACAACAACAGCUACACGAACCACUGGUGCGUCCACAACUGCAGGACCAUCAACAGAAACAGCACAAUCAACAACACAAGUAUCAACAACUUCACAUACCACUGGUUUGUCCACAACAACAGGAGCACCAACAACAAAACCAACAACGGCUACACAAACGACUGGUGCGUCCACAAUUGCAGGACCAUCAACCGUAACAGCACAAUCAACAACACAAGUAUCAACAACUUCUCAUACCACUGGUGCGUCCACAACUGCAAGACCAUCAACCGGAACAGCACAAUCAACAACACAAGUAUCAACAACUUCACAUACCACUGGUUUGUCAACAACUACAGGACCACCAACAACACAACCAACAACAGCUACACGAACCACUGGUGCUUCCACAACUGUAGGACCAUCAACGGGAAAAGCAAAAUCAACAACACAAGUAUCAACAACUUCUCAUACCACUGGUUUGUCCACAACAACAGGAGCACCAACAACAAAACCAACAACGGCUACACAAACGACUGGUGCUUCCACAACUGCCGGACCAUCCACAGGAACACCACAAUCAACAACACAAGUAUCAACAACUUCUCAUACCACUGGUUUGUCCACAACAACAGGAACACCAACAACAGAACCAACAACAGCUACACAAACCACUGGUGAUUUAACAACUGCAGGACCAUCAACAGGAACAGCACAAUCAACAACACAAGUAUCAACAAAUUCUCAUACCACUGGUUCGUCCACAACAACAGGACCACCAACAACACAACCAACAACAGUUACACAAACCACUGGUGUUUCCACAACUGCAGGACCAUCAACGGGAACAGCACAAUCAACAACACAAGUAUCAACAACUUCUCAUACCACUGGUUUGUCCACAACAACAGGACCACCAACAACACAAACAACAACAGCUCCACGAACCACUGGUGCGUCCACAACUGCAGGACCAUCAACAGAAACAGCACAAUCAACAACACAAGUAUCAACAACUUCACAUACCACUGGUUUGUCAACAACUACAGGACCACCAACAACACAACCAACAACAGCUACACAAACCACUGGUGCUUCCACAACUGCAGGACCAUCCACAGGAAUAGUACAAUCAACAACACAAGUAUCAACAACUUCUCAUACCACUGGUUUGUCCACAACAACAGGACCACCAACAACACAAACAACAACAGCUACACGAACCACUGGUGCGUCCACAACUGCAGGACCAUCAACAGAAACAGCACAAUCAACAACACAAGUAUCAACAACUUCACAUACCACUGGUUUUUCAACAACUACAGGACCACCAACAACACAACCAACAACAGGUACACAAACCACUGGUGCUUCCACAACUGCAGGACCAUCCACAGGAAUAGUACAAUCAACAACACAAGUAUCAACAUCUUCUCAUACCACUGGUUUGUCCACAACAACAGGAACACCAACAACAAAAACAACAACAGCUACACAAACCACUGUGACUUCCACAACAACAGGACCAUCAACGGGAACAGCACAAUCAACAACACAAGUAUCAACAACUUCUCAUACCACUGGUUUGUCCACAACUACAGGACCACCAACAACACAACCAACAACAGCUACACAAACCACUGGUGCAUCCACAACUGCAGGACCAUCCACAGGAACAGCACAAUCAACAACACAGUUAUCAACAACUUUUCAUUCCACUGGUUUGUCCACAACAACAGGACCACCAACAACACAACCAACAACAGCUACACAAACCACUGGUGCUUCCACAACUGCAGGACCAUCAACGGGAACAGCACAAUCAACAACACAAGUAUCAACAACUUCUCAUACCACUGGUUUGUCCACAACUACAGGACCACCAACAACACAACCAACAACAGCUACACAAACCACUGGUGCAUCCACAACUGCAGGACCAUCCACAGGAACAGCACAAUCAACAACACAGUUAUCAACAACUUUUCAUUCCACUGGUUUGUCCACAACAACAGGACCACCAACAACACAACCAACAACAGCUACACAAACCACUGGUGCAUCCACAACUUCAGGACCAUCCACAGGAACAGCACAAUCAACAACACAAGUAUUAACAACUUCUCAUACCACUAGUGCGUCCACAACUGCAGGACCAUCAACCGGAACAGCACAAUCAACAACACAAGUAUCAACAAUUUCACAUACCACUGGUUUGUCAACAACUACAGGACCACCAACAACAGAACCAACAACCGCUACACAAACCACUGGUGCUUCCACAACUGCAGGACCAUCAACGGGAACAGCAAAAUCAACAACACAAGUAUCAACAACUUUUCAUACCACUGGUUUGUCCACAACAACAGGACCACCAACAACACAACCAACAACAGCUACACAAACCACUGGUGCAUCCACAACUUCAGGACCAUCCACAGGAACAGCACAAUCAACAACACAGUUAUCAACAACUUCUCAUACCACUGGUUUGUCCACAACAACACUACCACCACCAACACAACCAACAACAGCUACACAAAUCACUGGUGCGUCCACAACUACAGGACCAUCAACAGGAACAUCACAAUUAACAACACAAGUAUCAACAACUUCUCAUACCACUGGUUUGUCCACAACAACAGGACCACCACCAACAAAACCAACAACAACUACACAAAUCACUGGUGCGUCCACAACUACAGGACCAUCAACAGGAACAUCACAAUUAACAACACAAGUAUCAACAAGUUUUCAUACAACUGGUUUGUCCACAACUACAGGACCACCACCAACACAACCAACAACAGCUACACAAAUCACUGGUGCGUCCACAACUACAGGACCAUCAACAGGAACAUCACAAUUAACAACACAAGUAUCAACAACUUCUCAUACCACUGGUUUGUCCACAACUACAGGACCACCAACAACACAACCAACAACAGCUACACAAACCACUGGUGCAUCCACAACUGCAGGACCAUCCACAGGAACAGCACAAUCAACAACACAGUUAUCAACAACUUUUCAUACCACUGGUUUGUCCACAACUACAGGACCACCACCAACACAACCAACAACAGCUACACAAAUCACUGGUGCGUCCACAACUACAGGACCAUCAACAGGAACAUCACAAUUAACAACACAAGUAUCAACAACUUCUCAUACCACUGGUUUGUCCACAACUACAGGACCACCAACAACACAACCAACAACAGCUACACAAACGACUGGUGCUUCCACAACUGCAGGACCAUCCACAGGAUCAGCAAAAUCAACAACACAAGUAUCAACAACUUCUCAUACCACUGGUUUGUCCACAACUACAGGACCACCACCAACACAACCAACAACAGCUACACAAAUCACUGGUGCGUCCACAACUACAGGACCCUCAACAGGAACAGCACAAUCAACCACACAAGUAUCAACAACUUCUCAUACCACUGGUUUGUCCACAACAUUAGGACCACCAACAACAAAACCAACAACAGCUACACAAACCACUGGUGCAUCCACAACUGCAGGACAAUCCACAAGAACAGCACAAUCAACAACACAAGUAUCAACAACUUCUCAUAGCACUGGCUUGUCCACAACUACAGGACCACCAACAACACAAACAACAACAGCUACACAAACAACUGGUGCUUCAACAACUGCAGGACCAUCAACAGGAACAACACAAUCAACAACACAACCAUUAACAGAGGAAACAACACAACCAACAACACAAUCAACAACACAACCAUUAACAGAGGAAACAACACAAUCAACAACACAACCAUUAACAGAGGAAACAACACAACCAACAACACAAACAACAACACAACCAUUAACAGAGGAAACAACACAACCAACAACACAUUCAACAACACAACCAUUAACAGAGGAAACAACACAACCAUUAACAGAAACAGCACAAUCAACAACACAACCAUUAACAGAGGGAACAACACAACCAACAACACAACCAUUUACAGAGGAAACAACAGAACCAACAACACAAUCAACAACACAACCAUUUACAGAGGAAACAACACAACCAACAACACAACCAUUAACAGAGGAAACAACACAACUAACAACACAAUCAACAACACAACCGUUAACAGAGAAAACAACACAACCAACAACACAAUCAACAACACAACCAUUAACAGAGGAAACAACACAACCAACAACAGAAACAGCACAAUCAACAACACAACCAUUAACAGAGGGAACAACACAACCCACAACACAAUCAACAACACAACCAUUUACAGAGGAAACAACAAAACCAACAACAGAAACAGCACAAUCAACAACACAACCAUUAACAGAGGGAACAACACAACCAACAACACAAUCAACAACACAACCAUUAACAGAUGAAACAACACAAUCAACAACAAAACCAUUAACAGAGGAAACAACACAAUCAACAACACAACCAUUAACAGAGGAAACAACACAACCAACAACAGAAACAGCACAAUCAACAACACAAUCAACAACACAACCAUUUACAGAGGAAACAACACAACCAACAACACAAUCAACAACACAACCAUUAACAGAGGAAACAACACAAUCAACAACACAACCAUUAACAGAGGAAACAACACAAUCAACAACACAACCAUUAACAGAGGAAACAACACAACCAACAACACAAUCAACAACACAACCAUUAACAGAGGAAACAACACAACCAACAACACAACCAUUAACAGAGGAAACAACACAACCAUUAACAGAAACAGCACAAUCAACAACACAACCAUUAACAGAGGAAACAACACAACCAACAACACAACCAUUUACAGAGGAAACAACACAACCAACAACACAAUCAACAACACAACCGUUUACAGAGGAAACAACACAACCAACAACACAAUCAACAACACAACCAUUAACAGAGGAAACAACACAACCAACAACAGAAACAGCACAAUCAACAACACAACCAUUAACAGAGGGAACAACACAACCCACAACACAAUCAACAACACAACCAUUAACAGAGGAAACAACACAACCAAUAACACAAUCAACAACACAACCAUUGACAGAGGGAACAACACAACCAACAACACAAUCAACAACACAACCAUUAACAGAGGAAACAACAAAAUCAACAACAAAACCAUUAACAGAGGAAACAACACAACCAACAACACAAUCAACAACACAACCAUUUACAGAGGAAACAACACAACCAACAACACAAUCAACAACACAACCAUUAACAGAAGAAACAACACAACCAACAACAGAAACAGCACAAUCAACAACACAACCAUUAACAGAGGGAACAACACAACCCACAACACAAUCAACAACACAACCAUUAACAGAGGAAACAACACAACCAUUAACAGAGGAAACAACACAACCAUUAACAGAGGGAACAACACAACCAACGACACAAUCAACAACACAACCAUUAACAGAGGAAACAACACAAUCAACAACACAACCAUUAACAGAGGAAACAACACAACCAAUAACACAAUCAACAACACAACCAUUAACAGAGGGAACAACACAACCAACGACACAAUCAACAACACAACCAUUAACAGAGGAAACAACACAAUCAACAACACAAUCAUUAACAGAGGAAACAACACAACCAACAACAGAAACAGCACAAUCAACAACACAAUCAACAACACAACCAUUAACAGAGGAAACAACACAACCAAUAACACAAUCAACAACACAACCAUUAACAGAGGGAACAACACAACCAACGACACAAUCAACAACACAACCAUUAACAGAGGAAACAACACAAUCAACAACACAACCAUUUACAGAGGAAACAACACAACCAACAACACAAUCAACAACACAACCAUUAACUGAGGAAACAACACAACCAACAACACAAUCAACAACACAACCAUUAACAGAGGAAACAACACAAUCAACAACACAAUCACUAACAGAGGAAACAACACAACCAACAACAGAAACAGCACAAUCAACAACACAACCAUUAACAGAGGGAACAACACAACCAACAACACAAUCAACAACACAGCCAUUUUCAGAGGAAACAACACAACCAUUAACAGAGGAAACAACACAACCAACAACACAAUCAACAACACAACCAUCAACAGUGGAAACAACUCAACCAACAACACAAUCAACAACACAACCAUUAACAGAGGAAACAACACAACCAACAACAGAAACAGGACAAUCAACAACACAACCAUUAACAGGGGAAACAACACAACCAACAACAGGAAGGGCACAAUCAACAACACAAGUAUCAACAACUUCUCAUACCACUGGUUUGUCCACAACAACAGGAACACCAACAACACAACCAAUAACAGCUACACAAACCACUGGUGCGUCCACAACUGCAGGACCAUCAACAGGAACACCACAAUCAACAACACAAGUAUCAACAACUUCUUAUACCACUGGUUUGUCCAAAACUACAGGACCAACAACAACACAACCAACAACAGCUACACAAGCCACUGGAGCUUCCACAACUGCAGGACCCACAACGGGAACAGCACAAUCAACAACACAAGUAUCAACAACUUCUUAUACCACUGGUUUGUCAAUAACUACAGGACCAACAACAACAGCUACACAUACCACUGGUGCAUCCACAACUGCAGGACCAUUCACAGGAAUAGUACAAUCAACAACACAACUAUCAACAACUUCUCAUACCACUGGUUUGUCCACAACAACAGGACCACCAACAACACAACCAACAACAGCUACACAUACCACUGGUAUGUCCACAACUGCAGGACCACCAACAACAAAACCAACAACAGCUACACAAACGACUGGUGCUUCCACAACUGCAGGACCAUCAACGGGAACAUCACAAUCAACAACACAAGUAUCAACAACUUCACAUACUACUGGUUUGUCCACCACUACAGGACCACCAACAACACAACCAACAACAGCUACACAAACCACCAGUGCAUCCACAACUGCAGGACCAUCAACAGGAACACCACAGUCAACAACACGAGUAUCAACAACUUCUCAUACCACUGGUUUGUCCACAACUACAGGACCAACAACAACACAACCAACAGCAGCUACACAAACAUCUGGAGCUUCCACAACUGCAGGACCAUCAACAGGAACAUCACAAUCAACAACACAAGUAUCAACAACUUCACAUACUACUGGUUUGUCCACCACUACAGGACCACCACCAACAAAACCAACAACAGCUACACAAACCACUGGUGCGUCCACAACUGCAGGAUUGUCAACGGGAACAGCACAAUCAACAACACAAGUAUCAACAACUUCUCAUACCACUGGUUUGUCCACAACAACAGGACCACCACCAACAAAACCAACAACAGCUACACAAACCACUGGUACGUCCACAACUGCAGGACCAUCAACAGGAACAUCACAAUUAACAACACAAGUAUUAACAGCUUCUCAUACCACUGGUUUGUCCACCACUACAGGACCACCAACAACACAACCAACAACAGCUACACAUACCACUGGUGCAUCCACAACUGCAGGACCAUCCACAGGAAUAGUACAAUCAACAACACAACUAUCAACAACUUCUCAUACCACUGCUUUGUCCACAACUACAAGACCAUCAACAACACAACCAACAACAGCUACACAAACCACUGGUGCGUCCACAACUGCAGGACCAUCAACAGGAACAGCACAAUCAACAACACAAGUAUCAACAACUUCUCAUACCACUGGUUUGUCCACAACAACAGGAACACCAACAACACAACCAACAACAGCUACACAUACCACUGGUACGUCCACAACUGCAGGACCAUCAACAGGAACACCACAAUCAACAACACAAGUAUCAACAACUUCUCAUACCACUGGUUUGUCCACCACUACAGGACCACCAACAACACAACCAACAACAGCUACACAUACCACUGGUGCAUCCACAACUGCAGGACCAUCCACAGGAAUAGUACAAUCAACAACACAACUAUCAACAACUUCUCAUACCACUGCUUUGUCCACAACUACAGGACCAUCAACAACACAACCAACAACAGCUACACAAACCACCGGUGCGUCCACAACUGCAGGACCAUCAACAGGAACACCACAAUCAACUUCUCAUACCACUGGUUUGUCCACAACUACAAGACCAACAACAACACAACCAACAACAGCUACACAAACCACUGGAGCUUCCACAACUGCAGGACAAUCAACAGGAACAUCACAAUCAACAACACAAGUAUCAACAACUUCUCAUACCACUGGUUUGUCCACAACAACAGGACCACCAACAACACAACAAACAACAGCUACACAUACCACUGGUAUGUCCACAACUGCAGGACCACCAACAACACAACCAACAACAGCUACACAAACCACUGGUGCUUCCACAACUGCAGGACCAUCAACAGGAACAUCACAAUUAUCAACACGAGUAUCAACAACUUCUCAUACCACUCGUUUGCCCACAACUACAGGACCACCAACAACACAACCAACAACAGCUACACAUACCACUGGUAUGUCCACAACUGCAGGACCACCAACAACACAACCAACAACAGCUACACAAACGACUGGUGCUUCCACAACUGCAGGACCAUCAACGGGAACAGCACAAUCAACAACACAAGUAUCAACAACUUCUCAUACCACUGGUUUGUCCACAACAACAGGACCACCAACAACACAACCAACAACAGCUACACAUACCACUGGUAUGUCCACAACUGCAGGACCACCAACAACACAACCAACAACAGCUACACAAACCACUGGUGCGUCCACAACUGCAGGAACGUCAACGGGAACAGCACCAUCAACAACACAAGUAUCAACAACUUCUCAUAUCACUGGUUUGUCCACAACAACAGGACCACCACCAACAAAACCAACAACAGCUACACAAACCACUGGUGCGUCCACAACUGCAGGACCAUCAACAGGAACAUCACAAUUAACAACACAAGUAUCAACAACUUCUCAUACCGCUGGUUUGUCCGCAACAACAGGACCACCACCACCAACAAAACCAACAACAGCUACACAAACCACUGGUGCGUCCACAACUGCAGGACCAUCAACAGGAACAUCACAAUUAACAACACAAGUAUCAACAACUUCUCAUACCACUGGUUUGUCCGCAACAACAGGACCACCACCACCAACAAAACCAACAACAGCUACACAAACCACUGGUGCGUCCACAACUGCAGGACCAUCAACAGGAACAUCACAAUUAACAACACAAGUAUCAACAACUUCUCAUACCGCUGGUUUGUCCGCAACAACAGGACCACCACCACCAACAAAACCAACAACAGCUACACAAACCACUGGUGCGUCCACAACUGCAGGACCAUCAUCAACAAAACCAACAACAGCUACACAAACCACUGGUGCGUCCACAACUGCAGGAACGUCAACGGGAACAGCACCAUCAACAACACAAGUAUCAACAACUUCUCAUACCACUGGUUUGUCCACAACAACAGGACCACCACCAACAAAACCAACAACACCUACACAAACCACUGGUGCGUCCACAACUGCAGGAACGUCAACGGGAACAGCACCAUCAACAACACAAGUAUCAACAACUUCUCAUACCACUGGUUUGUCCACAACAACAGGACCACCACCAACAAAACCAACAACAGCUACACAAACCACUGGUGCGUCCACAACUGCAGGAACGUCAACGGGAACAGCACCAUCAACAACACAAGUAUCAACAACUUCUCAUACCACUGGUUUGUCCACAACAACAGGACCACCACCAACAAAACCAACAACAGCUACACAAACCACUGGUGCGUCCACAACUGCAGGAACGUCAACGGGAACAGCACCAUCAACAACACAAGAAUUAACAACUUCUCAUACCACUGGUUUGUCCACAACAACAGGACCACCACCAACAAAACCAACAACAGCUACACAAACCACUGGUGCGUCCACAACUGCAGGACCAUCAACGGGAACACCACAAACAACACAAGUAUCAACAACUUCUCAUACCACUGGUUUGUCCACAACUGCAGCACCACCAACAACACAACCAACAACAGCUACACAAACCACUGGUGCUUCCACAACUGCAGGACCAUCAACAAGAACAUCACAAUUAACAACACGAGUAUCAACAACUUCUCAUACCACUCAUUUUCCCACAACUACAGGACCACCAACAACACAACAAACAACAGCUACACAUACCACUGGUAUGUCCACAACUGCAGGACCACCAACAACACAACCAACAACAGCUACACAAAUGACUGGUGCUUCCACAACUGCAGGACCAUCAACGGGAACAGCACAAUCAACAACACAAGUAUCAACAACUUCUCAUACCACUGGUUUGUCCACAACAACAGGACCACCAACAACACAACCAACAACAGCUACACAUACCACUGGUAUGUCCACAACUGCAGGAUCACCAACAACACAACCAACAACAGCUACACAAACCACUGGUGCUUCCACAACUGCAGGACCACCAACAACAAAACCAACAACAGCUACAAAAACCACUGGUGCGUCCACAACUGCAGGACCAUCAACAGGAACACCACAAUCAACAACAAGAGUAUCAACAACUUCUCAUACCACUGGUUUGUCCACAACAACAGGACCACCACCAACAAAACCAACAACAACUACACAAACCACUGGUGCGUCCACAACUGCAGGAACGUCAACGGGAACAGCACAAUCAACAACACAACUAUCAACAACUUCUCAUACCACUGGUUUGUCCACAACAACAGGACCACCAACAACACAACCAACAACAGCUACACAUACCACUGGUAUGUCCACAACUGCAGGACCAUCAACGGGAACAGCACAAUCAACAAUACAAGUAUCAACAACUUCUCAUACCACUGGUUUGUCCACAACUACAGGACCACCACCAACAAAACCAACAACAGCUACACAAACCACCGGUGCGUCCACAACUGCAGGACCAUCAACGGGAACACCACAAUCAACAACACGAGUAUCAAGAACUUCUCAUACCACUGGUUUGUCCACAACAACAGGACCACCACCAACAAAACCAACAACAGCUAAACAUACCACUGGUAUGUCCACAACAUCAGGACCAUCCACAGGAAUAGUACAAUCAACAACACAACUAUCAACCACUUCUCAUACCACUGGUUUGUCCACAACAACAGGACCACCAAGAACACAACCAACAACAGCUACACAUAGCACUGGUAUGUCCACAACUGCAGGACCACCAACAACACAACCAACAACAGCUACACAAACCACUAGUGCGUCCACAACUGCAGGACCAUCAACAGGAACAGCACAAUCAACAACACAAGUAUCAACAACUUCUCAUACCACUGGUUUGUCCACAACAACAGGACCAUCAACAGGAACACCACAAUCAACAACACAAGUAUCAACAACUUCUCAUACCACUGGUUUGUCCACAACAACAGGACCAUCAACAGGAACACCACAAUCAACAACACAAGUAUCAACAACUUCUCAUACCACUGGUUUGUCCACAACAACAGGACCACCACCAACAAAACCGACAACAGCUACACAAACCACUGGUGCUUCCACAACUGCAGGACCAUCAACAGGAACACCACAAUCAACAACACAAGUAUCAACAACUUCUCAUACCACUGGUUUGUCCACAACAACAGGACCACCACCAACAAAACCAACAACAGCUACACAAACCAUUGGUGCGUCCACAACUGCAGGAACGUCAACAGGAACAGCACAAUCAACAACACAAGUAUCAACAACUUCUCAUACCACUGGUUUGUCCACAACAACAGGACCACCACCAACAAAACCAACAACAGCUACACAAACCACUGGUGCGUCCACAACUGCAGGACCAUCAACAGGAACAUCACAAUUAACAACACAAAUAUCAACAACUUCUCAUACCACUGGUUUGUCCACAACAACAGGACCACCACCAACAAAACCAACAACAGCUACACAUAGCACUGGUAUGUCCACAACUGCAGGACCACCAACAACACAACCAACAACAGCUACACAAACCACUAGUGCGUCCACAACUGCAGGACCAUCAACAGGAACAGCACAAUCAACAACACAAGUAUCAACAACUUCUCAUACCACUGGUUUGUCCACAACAACAGGACCACCACCAACAAAACCAACAACAGCUACACAAACCACUGGUGCGUCCACAACUGCAGGACCAUCAACAGGAACAUCACAAUUAACAACACAAGUAUCAACAACUUCUCAUACCACUGGUUUGUCCACAACAACAGGACCACCACCAACAAAACCAACAACAGCUACACAAACCACUGGUGCGUCCACAACUGCAGGAACGUCAACGGGAACAGCACCAUCAACAACACAAGAAUUAACAACUUCUCAUACCACUGGUUUGUCCACAACAACAGGACCACCACCAACAAAACCAACAACAGCUACACAAACCACUGGUGCGUCCACAACUGCAGGACCAUCAACGGGAACACCACAAACAACACAAGUAUCAACAACUUCUCAUACCACUGGUUUGUCCACAACUGCAGCACCACCAACAACACAACCAACAACAGCUACACAAACCACUGGUGCUUCCACAACUGCAGGACCAUCAACAGGAACAUCACAAUUAACAACACGAGUAUCAACAACUUCUCAUACCACUCAUUUUCCCACAACUACAGGACCACCAACAACACAACAAACAACAGCUACACAUACCACUGGUAUGUCCACAACUGCAGGACCACCAACAACACAACCAACAACAGCUACACAAAUGACUGGUGCUUCCACAACUGCAGGACCAUCAACGGGAACAGCACAAUCAACAACACAAGUAUCAACAACUUCUCAUACCACUGGUUUGUCCACAACAACAGGACCACCAACAACACAACCAACAACAGCUACACAUACCACUGGUAUGUCCACAACUGCAGGAUCACCAACAACACAACCAACAACAGCUACACAAACCACUGGUGCUUCCACAACUGCAGGACCACCACCAACAAAACCAACAACAGCUACAAAAACCACUGGUGCGUCCACAACUGCAGGACCAUCAACAGGAACACCACAAUCAACAACAAGAGUAUCAACAACUUCUCAUACCACUGGUUUGUCCACAACAACAGGACCACCACCAACAAAACCAACAACAACUACACAAACCACUGGUGCGUCCACAACUGCAGGAACGUCAACGGGAACAGCACAAUCAACAACACAACUAUCAACAACUUCUCAUACCACUGGUUUGUCCACAACAACAGGACCACCAACAACACAACCAACAACAGCUACACAUACCACUGGUAUGUCCACAACUGCAGGACCAUCAACGGGAACAGCACAAUCAACAAUACAAGUAUCAACAACUUCUCAUACCACUGGUUUGUCCACAACUACAGGACCACCACCAACAAAACCAACAACAGCUACACAAACCACCGGUGCGUCCACAACUGCAGGACCAUCAACGGGAACACCACAAUCAACAACACGAGUAUCAAGAACUUCUCAUACCACUGGUUUGUCCACAACAACAGGACCACCACCAACAAAACCAACAACAGCUAAACAUACCACUGGUAUGUCCACAACAUCAGGACCAUCCACAGGAAUAGUACAAUCAACAACACAACUAUCAACCACUUCUCAUACCACUGGUUUGUCCACAACAACAGGACCACCAAGAACACAACCAACAACAGCUACACAUAGCACUGGUAUGUCCACAACUGCAGGACCACCAACAACACAACCAACAACAGCUACACAAACCACUAGUGCGUCCACAACUGCAGGACCAUCAACAGGAACAGCACAAUCAACAACACAAGUAUCAACAACUUCUCAUACCACUGGUUUGUCCACAACAACAGGACCAUCAACAGGAACACCACAAUCAACAACACAAGUAUCAACAACUUCUCAUACCACUGGUUUGUCCACAACAACAGGACCAUCAACAGGAACACCACAAUCAACAACACAAGUAUCAACAACUUCUCAUACCACUGGUUUGUCCACAACAACAGGACCACCACCAACAAAACCGACAACAGCUACACAAACCACUGGUGCGUCCACAACUGCAGGACCAUCAACAGGAACAGCACAAUCAACAACACAAGUAUCAACAACUUCUCAUACCACUGGUUUGUCCACAACAACAGGACCACCACCAACAAAACCAACAACAGCUACACAAACCACUGGUGCGUCCACAACUGCAGGACCAUCAACAGGAACAUCACAAUUAACAACACAAGUAUCAACAACUUCUCAUACCACUGGUUUGUCCACAACAACAGGACCACCACCAACAAAACCAACAACAGCUACACAAACCACUGGUGCGUCCACAACUGCAGGAACGUCAACAGGAACAACACAACCAACUACACAAUUAACAAAAGAAACUGCUACUUCCACCAUUACUGCUACAACAUCAAAACCAUUAUCUACUACAGUGACAGAAACUUCAACAAAGUUUACAGUCUUCACAAUAUCAACUAAAAGAACAUCUCCUUCCAUUUUACCCCAAAUAACAAUUUGUCACUGCACAUUCGCAAAUGAAACAUUCCCUCCAGGGUCUAUCAUAUACAACCAAACUGAUAAAGCAGACUGGUGCUACACUGCUUACUGCAACUCAAGUUGUUUUGUUGAAGUAACGAAGAACCCGUGUUAUAAAACUACUACAGUUCCAGUUUCAACAGUUCCAAAAGAUUGUAAUGAUGUCAACCGAAAGAAUGGAGAAUCGUGGACUGAAGAAUGUAUGACGAAAACGUGCACAGAAGGGACGGUGACCUCCACCCCUGUACAGUGUGACAUAAAUGAUGCCGUGGUACCUACGUGUGCUAAUGGACUAACACCUGAGAAAGUGUAUUACAACAAUGGCUGCUGCUCUAAAUAUGAAUGCCAAUGUAAAUGCAGUGGCUGGGGUGACCCUCACUACAAAACAUUUGAUGGAACAUAUUAUGCUUUCCAAGGAAACUGUUCCUUUGUGUUGGUCAAAGAAAUUGUUCCUAAAUAUGAUUUCAAUGUCCACGUUAAAAACUAUUACUGUAACACUGCAAAAAAUUUUGCUUGCCCGGAGUAUGUGAUUGUGAACUACAAAUCCUAUAAUAUCAAGAUGACAAGCUAUAGUGAGGAUAUUCAGGUCUAUGUCAAUAAUGAUGUGAAGAUCCCAACAUAUAGUAAUGAAGACUUUACCAUCACCACGUCUGGAAUGGCUGUGACUUUGAGCAUCCCUGAAAUUAAAGCAGAAAUUUUAGUUAAUCAUCAUGGUUUUGAGGUCAAACUUCCAUUUUCUCAAUUUAGUGGUAAUACAGAAGGACAGUGUGGGGUCUGUGACAACAACCCUGCAAAUGACUGCAGACGUCCCGAUGGACAAACGGACGAAUCAUGUGGGAAUAUGGCACAACUGUGGGCAGACAGCCCAGAAUGUCAAGCCUCUCCACAACCACCAUCUACAGGCUCCAGCUGCAAUGCACAAAACUGUGAACUCAUCAAAAGCGAUUUGUUCAAGAGUUGCCAUGCAGUGGUGCCCUAUCAAAGCUACUAUGACGCAUGUAAAUAUGACAUAUGCAACAAGAAAAGUGAAUCAAUGGCCUGUACCAGUCUGGAGGCCUAUGCACGGACGUGUGGUGAGGCGUCUAUCUGUAUUGACUGGAGGAACUCAACUGAACCUAAAGGACUAUGCGACUACAAGUGCGCCGAUCACAAAGUCUACAAGGCAUGUGGACCAAAGGUGGAAAAAACCUGCAGUACAAGAUACAACGAAAUGUUUGUCCACAAUGAAUGCCAAGAUCCAAAGUAUAUGGAAGGCUGUUUCUGUCCAGAUAACACAUAUCUACUUAGUUCAACGUCAGAUCAAUGUACAGCUAACUGCGAUUGCAUUGGCCCCGAUGGAUUAUCUAGACAGCCUGGGGAUUCAUGGACCAUCAACUGUACAACAUAUAGGUGUUCCAGUGAGAGCUUUGGUGUUGUGCAAGAGCCUGUUAAGUGUCCAGAAACAAAGCCCUGUGGCGAACAAUACAAAACAACUAUAACAAACUGCUGUCCAACAUGUGAAUGCAAUAUGGAGCUGUGUCUUAUGAAGAAAUGUGACACUGGAUACGAGUUAGCAACAACUAAAUCUGAGGACAGCUGCUGUCCAGCCUGUGUGCCCAAAAAUGUCUGUGUUUACAAUGACAAUGAGUACAAGCCUGGUGUUGAAAUCCCAACAGAUUCAUGCAACUAUUGCACAUGUGGAAUGGACAAGAACCCACAGACUAACCUAAAUAUUAUGCAAUGUUCUCCAAUAAAAUGUGAACCCUGUGGAGAGGGCUUUGAAGAGGUAAAGGUUGAAGGAGAGUGUUGUGGAAAAUGUAAGCCAACAGGAUGUUUGUACAAAAACGCAAACAACAUCUCACAAAUUCUCAAGGUUGGAGAAAUACACAGUUCUGCAUGCGAGGAGGUGGUCUGCCAGGAGGUUGAUGGAGUGUAUUUGAUUGAAAAGUCAAUAAUGCAUUGCCCGGCCUUUAAUCCAGUUGAUUGUGUGCCAGGGACUGAGAGAAUGGAUGAAAAUGGAUGCUGCAAAAUCUGUGAUCGUAAAAACUGUGCAGUCGUAAGGACCACAGAGAAAGUGAGCGCAAACAACUGCAUAUCCAUCGAUCCUAUAGAAAUGACGUCCUGCAGUGGCCAAUGUGGUACCAAGUCAAUGUAUUCAAUGGAGCAAGGCUCAAUAAUGCACGUCUGUUCUUGUUGCCGGGAGCUAAAAACUAGCAUUAAAGAGGUGAAGCUGAAGUGUCCCGAUAACAAAGUGAUCUCGCACAAAUACAUCUACGUUGACAGCUGUGAAUGUACUCCAACCAAGUGUUGAAGACAUGAAGACCAGAUAACAGAUUAUUUCGCUAUCUAUCAGACCUUGCAUUGAUUAUUUCAGAUUUGAACAUGAUUCUGUUAUAAUUUAAAAAAAUGAUUUGCAAAUUUAAAGAUAAUGCUUAAAAGUAUAGCUUAAACUGUACUCGUUUAACAUAUCUUAACUGACUUAAUUUACUUAUUUUUUUCUUUCUACACUUUUUGAUUCUUCUGUAAUGUUUAAUUAAAUUAUAUAUAAUUAAUUUUAAUGAAGGUGAAUGUUAAACACAAUAAAGUAAGCAGCAAUUGA